GCCACCAUGCGCCCAGCGGCGGCGGGAGGGCCAGCGGAGGAGCCCCAGGCCGAGAGACCAGUUCCCGCCCGCCUGCCUGGCCGCCUCUCCCCCGGGGCUUAAGCCGAGCAGGAGCAGCAGCAGCAGGAGGAGACUCAGAGCCAAGGGGCGGCGCCAAGAAGGGCUUCCCUCCACUGGAGACCAAAACAUCUAUGAAAAUCCGAGGGUGCGUCAAUGCCUGCACAAUGUCACAGGAGAAGAAAGCGGCCAAAGCAUUACCACAGUCAUCGGCUGCUGGGACCAAGCCCAAGAAGCAGUUACCUGUAGCUCUGGGCUACAAGAUGGAGCAGGCCUUAGUUUCAGAAUAUGUCCCUGUUGUCAUACACCCAGGGGGAUACAAGGCUGAGUCUCUUAGCUUUGCUUUCUACAACCCCAACUACACCAAUUCGUACAUGCCAUUUUACACCUUACAGAAACCAACCUGUGGUUAUCGAUAUUGCCGAGACACAGAUCACACAAGGAAGGUGCUGGAUGUCGAAAGAGUGAAUAUUCCAAAAUGGCGAACCAUUGUUGUGAAAAAGCCAGGUGUGCUUUCCACAGGCUCAAAACAUUGAAACUGCCACACAACUUGCCUGCAAGUCUCAUUUAUAAGGCAUUCUAAGAUGAAGUCUGACUGAGCUCAUUCUUCUAGGUUAUCUAGGAAACAAUACUUUAGAAACUUCAGGAGAAGUAGAUCUGCCUUACAGUACAUGUUUCUGGAUUGAAUUUUACCAAACCAAGCCUUUAGCUGAGGAGAAACAAUCAAAAUGACUGACUCUGAUCUUUUUACAUGAGUCAGUAAUAUGCAAACUGCCCCAAUGGCCAGGCAUAGAUAUUCAAAGCAGUGAAGCAACACCAAAAGACAAAGCAAAUGAGGUCAUAGCCUUUCCUCUUGAGUUGCCUCAUUUAGUUUGUGGUUCAUUGGUUGAUUUGCUCAGCAGAGAAACAGGGAGGGCAAGAGCAACAGAAAGGUAUAUUUUGCUUUCCGCAUUUUUGCUAGGAAAUCAAGUGGGGCCCUCUGGAUUUCAAUCAUCAUGAGCUGGGAUGACCCUUGUAAUUACAUAUAUUGCAACUAAAACAGAGGAGGCAAGAAACAUAACUAGUUAUUCCCUUCAGCUAUUGUGCAUUGACUUUCAGGCACCAAAAUUUAAAAUACAUCUGUUUCCAACAGAGAUAAGGGCCUUCUUCCCACUACAUAAUAAACCAGUUUUCAAACUGAUCUGAACUGGUUUAAAUGGCCCUUGUUUGCACUUGCACUAAAUUUCUGGUAUGGUUUAUUGAGUGCUAAACUCAUUUAAACCAGAUCCACAGCAUUCACCACUUCUUUUGAAAUGAAUCAAUUCAGUGCAAGUGUGAAUGCACUGUCUAUUUGAUUCGGUUCCUGUGGCAUGGUCACCCCUGUGAGGUGACUCCAUGUUGAAUUGAUCCAUUCCUGAAUGUGAAAGCGAAGUGGAUUAAAUUGAAAUGGGUAGGUUCGAUCAUGGCUAGAAUAGUGUGAAUGUUUAUUCAGUGCUAAAUCGCUUCAUUGACUUGACUAAAAAUGAUUUAUUUUAUAGUGGGAAUGAGUCCGUACAAAGCCAAUGGUCAGCUUCAUGAAGUAGAUACUCAUUUACACUGGAUACAUUAAAAGAGUAAAAACAUAGAAAUAUAGAAUCAUAGAGUUAGAAGGGAUCACAAGGGUUGUCUACUCCAAUUCUUUGUCAUGCAUAAUACACAAAUAAAG